UCGGAAAAUCCUGCCAAGCCGGAUUUGUCUGGGUUAAGUUCCAGUGGCACGUUGGAAGCACAGAGAGCUUAUUUAACCGCUUUGCAAGGUAAAACCGCCUCAGAGCGGGAAGAAAUUGCUCGACUGUUGCGUCAGCGGGAUGAGCUGGCAGCGAGAUUGAGCAAGCUUAAAGCUGCCGCAGACGCUGCCAGUCAACAUGCCGAUGCAGUCUCGGCUGGUGAGGCAGAACCGAAAGAGAACGAGGGAACCAAUGGAGCAGCAGGGUCCUCGCAUGCCUCUUCUCCGGAACCAGAUCUCGAGCCGAUCAUGCUCGCACAUUUGGAGGCGAAAAAACGUGAGCUGGUUCAACUCAAAGCACAAUUGGAAUUGUUCCGUAAAGCUGAGGAGCGAAUGGCCGCACUACAGUUGGAUGAUCAGGCUCCACCGGAGGUUGAAAUUCCCAAGUCAUGUGUGGUGAAAGGCGGUUCGCGUAGUGGUCGUCAUACGCGUUCUCAUCGUCCGUCUCCGCCACCAUCAAAUAGCUCGGUGAAAGCUCACUUCAUAGACUCACUUGGCAAUGAAAACGAAACUGCUGGAAGCGAAGCACCACGGUCAGAUACACAAACUCCAACCAAACUGGAUACUGUUACGUUUCAGCAACCGGAAGGUACCUGUAUCAAUGACAACACUGAACGUCUUUACGAGAACAUGCGCGAGGCUCGAAUACGGCUGGAGGAACAACGAGGCAAUCGAAGUGUUGGAGGGAAUGUCCCCGUUGCCGGCAUCGCUGCCGUCCUGUCAGCAACCGGGAAAGCCAUGCUUUCAGGUGGUGGUGCUGCAUCGGUGGCCACCAGUCAGGAUAGAACAACUUUGGCCACCUGGGGUGGAUCGUCAUCUACCGGAUCCAGCACCACCUCAAACUCCAUUGACGGAACAGCUGAAGAAUCUGCCGCGGUCACUGCUCCCACGGCACCGCAACUGAUGACCACUUUGACCAAUGGGAUCGUCAGCUCGCGCCCGAAAACAGUUCAAGAUACUCAAACCACUGAAUGCCACGAGAGUCGUCGAACUCGCAACGAAAAACGGUCACGUGCUUCCAAGGCUACUCCAUUUGUCGCAGGUGGACCGGAUCUGUUAGAUCCGAAUUCGUUGCCCCAGUUGGGUCGUAGCCCAUCUCCUCCAGGCACUGCGAUCAACCGAGUUUCACAGACGGGCACGAAUUUCGUAACCGAACCGCAAGCCGGUGAUACAUCCCUGGACAGUGAAACUCCGGGAAAAAAUGGUAUUGCAGUGGACAAGGAGUGUGGUCAUUCAGUGUACUGUGCAGCACUUGUUGAACAUGAUCAGUGUAAUCUUUCCAGUGGAUCACGAGUCAUUGUCCAACUCAAUGGUCGUUUAUUCUUUCAGAUUGUCUAG